AUGGUAUGUAUGAUGGAAAAUCCAGAGGAAUGGUAUAGACGUUUUUCCUCUUAUAUGAACAUGUUCAGAGUUACCGCACGCAUUAGACGUUGGUUAUGUUCGAAAGGAAAGGAGUAUAUGGAUUUUAUUUCUACUCAAGAAUUGAAUGGAGCGUUAUAUGCUAUUGUGAAGCAGGCUCAGAAAUUGUUUUUUGUUGAUCUAGUGCAAGAACUGCACCAGAGGAAACCAGUAAGUUCAAAAUCGUUAAGGCAAUUAUGUCCGUUCUUAGAUUUUCAUGGAAUAGUACGUGUUGGAGGUCGUUUACGGAAUUCUAGUUUACCUGAUAACCAAAAGUACCCUAUUCUAAUACCUAAAGAAUCACAUUUGGCUCUUUUGAUUGCUCGCCAUUGGCACUCAUUCGCUUGCCAUGCUGGUCCAAGAUUGGUAACGGCUCUUAUCAAUCAACGCUUUUGGAUUGUCGGCAUCAGGCUGGUUGUGCAUAGAGCAAUAAGGGAAUGUAUAACCUGUGUUAAAUUUACAGGAGCGAACCCGCAACCAGUUAUGGCAGAUCUGCCAGCUGCUAGAGUUCAAGGUUGUCAGACCUUCUCCAAAGUGGGAAUGGAUUAUGCAGGACCCAUUACCAUGAAAGAGACAAGUCUUAGGAGGUCCAGGGUAUUCAAGGUCUACAUUGCGCUUUUUGUCUGCAUGACUACGAAGGCGGUUCAUUUGGAGUUGGUUCUGGAUCUGACCACUAAAGCGUUCUUGGCAGCUCUGGAUAGGUUCGCAGCUCGACGAGGCCUACCCUCCGCCCUUUUUUCAGACUGUGGUACAAACUUUGUGGGGGCCAGUAAUCAGCUCCGUAAACUGGUCAAUGACCCUGCCAAUAGAGAUAUCCUAACCGCUCAGAUGCCUGUUGAAUGGAAUUUUAAUCCUCCUAGCGCCCCCCACUUCGGUGGUUUGUGGGAGGCUGCGGUUAAAUCCACUAAAUCUUUGAUGGUUAGCACUAUGGGUGCUCAGGUUUGGUCUCUUGAAGAGUUCUCUACCAUUUUGUGUCGAAUAGAGGCGGCACUUAAUUCUCGGCCACUUACGCAGAUGAGCUCCGACCCAAAUGAUUUAGAAUACUUGACGCCAGGCCAUUUCAUAAUUGGACGCUCUUUACUGGCUGCUCCUGAGGAAGGAUGUGAAGAUAAGAAGUUGAAUCUACGACAUCGCUGGAAGGUCCUCCAGCAGUCCUUCCAAUUUUUUUGGCGGCGCUGGUCUGCAGAAUAUUUAUCAACGCUCCAAGCUUGUGGACGUUGGCAAGGUACUCAACCAAAUGUGAAGGUAGGUGAGAUGGUAGUACUAAAAGAUAAGAUGGCAUCUCCAUUGACAUGGAAGUUAGGCCGUGUUAAGGAAACACUACCAGGUGAUGAUGAAGUGGUAAGGGUAGUCAAAGUGCUCACUAGUCAAGGGCUUCUGGUUAGACCAGUAGUAAAACUGGUACUAUUACCUACUGAUUAA